AUGAAAUUACUCUUUCUCGCUUGUCUCAGCCCCAAAACUGGGAAUCAUACAACAGCGGAGAGAAUAAGGUCUUACAUUGAAUCGGCGGGACACACUUGUGAGCUAAGGGACACAAAGGAAUUUCACUCUUCAGCUGAUGUGGCAGAUCUACUAUCCCGAAGUCCAUUUGAGGGUGCACUGGCUAUUCACCUGUUCAAAGCAGGCAGACUUCUCUUAGACAUCCAAGUGCCCUUUGGUGUCAUCUUUGGGGGAACAGACAUAAAUGAAGAUGUGAAAGUGGAACAGAACCGUGUGGUUAUGGAGCAGGUGCUGCUGAAAGCCAGGUUUGCUGUCGCAUUUACUGAAAAACUGAAAGAAGAGGCAGAAUUAUUCUUGGUUUCCCAGAGCAGUAAAAUCUAUAUCCAGCCUCAAGGUAUCCACACGAAAGAGACUGAGACAUUUUACUGGAUGGAGUUCUUGAGGAGUUCAGGUGUCAGGAGUGACCAUGUGGAUCAGCUGCGAGUCUUCCUAUUGGUCUGUGGUCUCAGAAGAGUCAAGGACCCUCUCUAUUUGGUUCAGGUUUUCUCAGCCUGGCACUGUGAGAACCAACAGAAUGUAUUGAUCAUUAUUGGGCCAAAGAUAGAUCCUGUGUUUACUGCUGAAGUGGAAGCGGUUGUUAAGAGAACAACAGGUGUCUUCUUGGCUCGGGAGAGGAGCCAGCAGGAGCUCCAUGCUGCUAUGAAGAAAUGUUUUGCUGUGGUCAACAGCUCUGUUUCAGAAGGCAUGUCCGCAGCCAUCUUGGAGGCAAUGGAUCUCAGAGUACCUGUCUUGGCAAGAAACAUACCAGGAAAUACAGCUGUGGUGCAGCAUGAGGUCACUGGUCUGCUCUACUCCUCACCUCAGGAAUUUGUGCACCAGUCACAGAGGCUGUUGUCAGAUCGAGAGCUGAGAGAGAGAGUGAUGAGGAAUGGGAAACUCUACGUGGAAGAGCAUCACAGCGUGAAACAGGAGCGAGAAACCUAUCAGCGACUGGUGGACACUCUGCUCUCAGCCUGA